GAGAGAGAGAGAGAGAGAGAGAGAGAGAGAGAAGGCAGACUUUUCCAACAGAGAUCUCUGCUUUUGACACUGACACUGUGACAUUGCUGGAUCACCAACAGCUAAUGACAUACGCUAAAAAGAGUUGAGGUUUUUAAAAAAUCAGGAUAUACAAAAGCAAAAAACUAAGGACUUUCUCAACCAUUUCAAAGACAGAAGUAAAAGAAGGAUUAAAAAUCAACCACCUGGGAAGAAAUCUGACAGAUUUUGAAGAGGAUACAAGUUCAUCCUAAAGAUGAGUUUGUCUCGUAACGGGACGCUGGAGCGGACGCCAUCUCAGCAGUUCGGCUCUGACGCAGAUGACUCCGAAUCGACUCGUCUGCAUCACACGAACUCCGUGUCAUUGCCAGUGGUGGACCCCGUGACCCCAACAGCAGUGGUUCCUCCUCCGUACUCAUCGUCCAACGGUUCGGCCGAGCCGCUGGAGCUCAGAGCCUCGCUGGACUGCUGGGCGUGCUCGGUUCUGGUCACAGCGCAGAACCUCAUCAUCGCCGCCGUGAACGCAGCGCUCGCCGCCGUGGUGUUCGGAAUCAUCCUCACUCCUGCGCUCACCAUGGUCGUGUUCGGCUUCCUCUGCCAUUCUAAGGUUCAGCCCCACGGUACCUCGGUUUAUUGCUCAGACCUGCUCAACGACGCGUCCUGUGUGGCUCUGCUGGUUGUGGGUUUCCUGUUAUUGGUUCCUUUGCUGGUGUUGGCUCUAGCGGCGUACUGUAGACUGGCUCGUCACCUGCAGCUCGGCCUUUGCUUCAUACCUUACAGCCGAGCUGUCUAUAAGAAUCUUCCUGUGUCUCAGCACCCAGGGCUGCGGGGCUGCUGCGGCCAGGAGGGGACAGCUGAGAGAGACGCCAAAGCCAGCGUGUGGGUGUGAGGACAUACGGGACAUUCUGCAGGGUCAGUGGGCUGAAACUGUGAUGAAGAUUUAAAAAUACAGUGAUCUACUUUUUUUAUUCGUUUGUAUAGCAAUUACGCACGUUUUAAAUCAACCAAAAUUGCAUGUUUUAUUUCUUGAUUUUUUUUUUUUUGCAUUUUGCUUUGAAGGACUGAACAUUGCAUUCAGUGGCAUUGCAUGAUUCUGAUAUGUUUAUCAUACUUUAAUGUCCUGUCUGUUUUUUAAUACAAUUUAACAUUUUUAAUAAACCUAAAGGCAGAAAUUCUCACAAAGUCAGAAGGUGUUGAUUCAAGCAGUAAUAACUCAUUUACAGGUGGAUGAUCCACAUAAAUAAAUUUUUUAAGUGUU